GCUUCUCUUGGUUCUUACCGUCCGUGUCUGUGUCUCUAUCUCCCGCCGUCCAGCAACCGACCGGAGCCGUUCUGCGCUCCGUAAACGAGAACAGAGACCAGAGCCUUUCCCCAGUGGAGGAAUCCAAAAUCGUCCACUCGACAAGCCAACGUUGACGUCCAGGCGAACUGGGAGCGCAGAUCCGUCCUGAAUUGGCUCAAUCUCUUCUCUUUUCGACAUGGGCCUAUGGUCAUUCCUUGAGGGUCUCCUACUUAUUGCUAACGCUCUGGCCAUACUAAACGAAGACCGAUUUCUUUCUCCCAAAGGAUGGAGCUUCGCCGACGUUAGAGGCAUGCAGGGAGCAAACACCUUCAAAGGGCAGAUGAUUGGCCUUAUAUAUGCAGCUCAAUAUAUGAGAUUUCCAUUGAUCCUUCUAAAUGGAAUCACCAUACUUGUCAAGUUCGUUUCAUUUUGACACUGGCAAGUGGAGUAUUAUGCUAUAAAGUUAUUAUCCAUUUUGCUCCCUUGCAAAUUGAGAUAUUUGUAGUUAACUAGGCUUUUUGUACUCGUGCUUCUUCAGUUCUUCUUCCAAUAGUCUUUCGUUGAUUGUAGUAUCGAUGUGCCUUAUAUAUGCACACUCUGUUGAAAUGUUCAGUUGAGCUCAGCUAGUUAUCCACUAGACCACAAUGGAGACGUUAGGUAUCUAAUUGUGAUCUCUGAUUAUGCUUUUGUAUUUGUCCACUGUAAACGUUUUUUUUUUGUUAUCCCUAAUAACUUAUGUGCAUGUUUUGGUUUGGUCAUUGAAUGAGUUUUUAAUUUCCAA